AUGGCGCGCAUCACCCUGCUCGGGCUGCUCAAAGCCGUGCCCUGGCUGCUGUUGGCUCCGGACCUUGUGUCCGGCGACGCGGUCAAGGACCUGCAAGACCGGGGUCGGCCGAAUCUUGAUGCGGCGAUUGCGAGGUCCUCGACUUGUACGAAGGAGAAGCUUCAGGUUAGGCGGGAAUGGGGCGACAUCUCGGCCGAGGAAAAGAAGGCCUACAUCGCCGCCGUCAAGUGUCUCCUCCAGAAGCCGUCGCGCUUGGACCCUGUGCAAUUCCCUGGCGCCAAGUCGCGGUAUGAUGACUUUGUCGUCGUGCACAUGAACCAGACCUUGACUAUCCACGGCACUGGAAGCUUCCUCACCUGGCACCGUUACUAUACUUGGGCGUUUGAAAAGGCCCUUCAGACGGAGUGUGGCUAUCAGGGGACUCAGCCGUAUUGGGACUGGGGACGCUGGGCCCAAGAUCCCGAGAACUCGCCCAUCUUCGAUGGCAGCGACACCUCGCUCUCCGGCAACGGCGAGUACAUCCCGGGCCACCGCGGGUCCGGCGUCGUUCCCGCCGGUAACGGCGGUGGCUGCGUCAAGACCGGUCCCUUCAAGGACAUGAUCGUCCACCUAGGCCCCGUCGCCCCUGCCGUGGAUCCCCCACCUCCGGCCAACCCUCGCCCCGACGGCUACGGCGACAACCCACGCUGCCUACGCCGCGAUAUCUCCAACCAACUCAGCAGCCGCUACCUGCGCACUGAAGACAUCGUCAGCUUAAUCACAAACUCUCAAAACAUCGGCACCUUCCAAGACGUGAUGCAAGCCGUAGGCGGCGGCUUCGGCGGCGGCUUCGGUGGCGGCUUCGGUGGUGGCUUCGGCGGCGGCUUUGGAGGAGGUUUCGGCGGCGGUUUCGGCGGCGGUCCCGGCUUUGGAGGCAUGGGCGUGCACGGUGCGGGACACUUCACCAUUGCGGGCGAUCCAGGCGGUGAUUUCUACACUUCGCCGAAUGAUCCUGCUUUCUGGGUGCACCAUGCUAUGAUUGACCGGACGUGGACAAUCUGGCAGAGUUUGGAUUUGAAUGCUAGGACGCAGGUGGUUGCUGGGCCGAGGAGCAUGAUGGGUUUUGGGCCGCAGUCGACGCUGGAUGACUUGAUUGACUUGGGGGUGGUGGCGGAUAAGGUUUAUCGCAUUCGGGAUUUGACGAGUGUGGUCGAUGGGCCGUUCUGCUACGUCUAUGAGUGA